AAAAUUUAUACUUUUCUAGUUGAGUGAAGAAUUUGAAGGCACACUUCAACUUUUACCUGAGUAUUUAUUUAGAUGAGCAUUUCAAUUUUACUUGAGUAAAGAAUUGUGCUUGUACUUUAAUCAUCAUUUGCCACCAGACAGUUAAAACUUGUGUUUUAAUACCCCAAAGUGAAUACAAUGGCCCGGUUCGCUCUUGACCUCGGGUUGCUCUAUGUAUGGAGUUCCUGUGCAUGUUCUCUCUGUGUCCACAUGGGUUUCCUCCGGGUUCUUCCCCUCUCCUGAAAACACACCAGCAGGUUAUUGCUUUUAUUUACCUCUAAAAACUACUGGAACAUUGCCAUCUGACAGAAUUAGCUACCACACACAUUACAGUCAUGAGGAGAAACGAAAAUCAGCCAAGACCAACAGCAGGCUGUCUGUCUGUUCCACUGUUUAACCAAAAGAAGCGGAGCAGAUUGCCACUGACGUCCAAUCCCUCUGAGAGUGAAGUGUUCUCCGGAUACGAGAACGGAGACAUGCAGAGCUUCACUUCAACCAUCCAUCCAUCCAACAUCGGGAACGCUCAGCCAUCAACAAAUCGAGCACCUCUGGCUCAGAGAAGUCAGUGGAACCAGCAAAGCAUCCCACCACCUCAACAAAGCAAAGUGUGGCCCACCGCUUCACCUGCUUCAACAGGAAGAGGAUACACACCUAUACCUCACCCACAGAAGCGCACCUAUGCUUGGUCCCAGACAGGACCACAGAGACCUCCAGGCAGACAGGAUUCCAUGGCAACAACCCCAGGCUUCAAGCAGGAUGUAUUUCCAAGUGGGAGUGCAACCACUCAAAUCCAGAAUAAAACUUUGACUGCCAAGCAACCCAUGAAGCAGCAUUCAUUUAGUCGAAACAUCAAUCCACCCAGAGGCUCCUUCACCCCUUCAGAUCUCACAGCAUGCAGUCAGAGACCUGCAGCUCAGAGUCAGAGCUCCCAGUGGAAGAUCAAAUCAGGUGGACUUAGAGGAGGAACAUGGGUUGAGGACACUUUUGGUACUUCAGGAAGUGAGAGCAGCAUACAGACGCAGAAAUCCAUGUUACAAGAAAAAGCACCACCCAAGAAAUCUCUGCGAAUCCUCACCGCCGUUAUAGAGGGCAUGAAGCACUGGAGUCAGUUCAAGGACAAAGUUCCUAUGAUGUUUGAGAUAUUUGCCACUCUUGAUUCUGCAGUUACAAUAGGAAAAUAUGGUGCCAAGAACUUUCUAAUGAGGGAUGGAAAGGAUACAGUGCCAUGUGUGUACUAUGAAAACGAUCAGGUGCUGCCGAGGCUGAUCCGGGGUCAGGUGCAUCGCUGUGUGGGGAAUUAUGACAGACAGAAAAAUGUUCUCACCUGCGUUUCAGUGCGGGCUGCCUCCCUGUCAGAGCAGAGAAAUGCUCAAGAGGCUGUGAAAGCAUCAGACGCUGAGAUGAGAAACGAGGUCCGGGCAUUUUCUGAAAUAUGAUGUGAACGGACAGAGCAGGAAAGUUUUAUAGUUUGAAAGGUGUGUUUCAUUUUCACUGAAGUUUAGCUGAAUCAUAAUUGUACAACGCAGUGCUGAUAAAUCAGUUUGAUCAUUUAACAAGUGGCUUCUUUCCAGUUUGUGUGCAUUUUUUUCAUCUUCUUACCAGUUUAACACUCAUAUAUGCUUUAUUAGACUAUUAAUGAAGUUUAGAACACAAAAAAAGUCAGUUUUCUUUGUUAAUGAAACAUUUUAUUACAAAGAGAAAAACACACAACAGCAAGUCUUGUUAAGGGUCAGGGGAUAAACAAACACA